AGAAACUAGUAGACGAGAAGAAGAGUAGGCAUUGGAGGGAAUGAAUGAAUGGGGUUUGUGUGUGAGAGAGAGAAACUGUGAGCGGUUAAUUUAAGUGGUGGUGAUUUCUGUUCUUCUUCCUCAAACUUGAAAACUUGUACACAAACCCAAACCAACCAACCUAAUUAAAUUAAUUGUGUACCGUACUCCGCACCUGCGUGGUUCAUGAUCCUCAUCCUGAUCCCGAUCCACACCCAUGCCCAAAAUGAAGCACCUCCUUCGAAAGCUUCACAUCGGUGGCGCCACCACCGCCACUCCCACCACCGCCAUCCACCACGUGCCGCCGCCGCCGCCGAUUAUCGCUCCCUCUACUUCUUCCGCUUCCUCUUCCGCUCUCCCCUCUCCCACUCCAAUCGUCGUGGAUCCAAUUCCAAACCCUAGCAGCACCACCACCACCAGCAUCAGCAACAGCGAAAACGGCGUCGUUAGUGAUUUCGGUUUGUUGGAGGAAGAGGAGUUUCAGAUGCAAUUGGCUCUCGCGAUCAGCGCCUCCGAUCCCGAUGUCCAUAAGGACCCUGAAUCUGCGCAGAUCGAUGCCGCUAAACAGAUCAGCCUCGGAUAUGAAGCUUCUCUUUCUGAUACUCAAGGACUCGUUCAGUUUCAGUCCCUUCGUUACUGGAACUAUAAUAUCAUUGGUUAUGAGGAGAAAGUGAUGGAUGGAUUUUAUGAUGUUUAUGGCAUCACAUCAAAUUUGACUGAACGGGGAAAGAUGCCGUUGUUGGUGGAUCUGCAAACUACACCAGUCUCAAGAAAUAUUGAUUGUGAAGUGAUUGUGGUGAAUCGCACAGUUGAUACUCAGCUGAAGCAGCUUGAAGAAAAAGCCUAUGCUUUACUUAACGAGUGUGGUGUUUCUGAACUAGGACUAAUCUUGAGCGGCUUACUUCAGAAACUUGCUGAUAUUGUUGUCAGUAAAAUGGGUGGACCUGUUGGUAGUGCUGAUAAAAUUACAAAAAGCUGGGCUGUGAGGAGUCGUGAACUCCGAGAUUCUUUAAGAUCUAUUGUUCUUCCCCUUGGCAGUCUUGAUGUUGGACUUUCACGUCACCGAGCCCUACUUUUCAAGGUACUAGCUGAUAGGAUUAAUAUUCCCUGCAUGCUUGUCAAAGGGAGCUAUUACACAGGAACAGAUGAUGGAGCAGUGAAUUUAAUUAAAGCAGAUGAUGGAAGUGAAUACAUUAUUGAUAUGAUGGGUGCUCCUGGGGCUCUUAUUCCAGCUGAGGUACCUAGUAAUCAGCUCCAAAACUACAGCUUUGCUGUCAGGGGUUGUGCAGAACUUGUAGGGUUACCUAACACAACACAUCCGCUGCUUGCUGAUGAAACUGGAGUGCUGGGAAUCCCAUCUGAACUUGGCAAAAUCUCAACCCCGAGGGUCCAGCCAGAAGAACUACUAUUAAAUAUGGGCAGUCAAACAAAACCAGAUAAAAUACAUCAUGUUGAAGAAAAUGAUACAGAAGCAUACAAAUGCUCUUCACCUACAGAACCAUCACCUGCAGAAAAGAUCCGUGUAAAUAAUGUCUCCAAGUAUGUCCUCAGUGCAGCAAAGAACCCGGAAUUUGCUCAAAAGCUGCACACUGUUCUAUUAGAGAGUGGUGCAUUACCCCCUUCUGAUCUUUUUUCUGAUAUGAAUCUUCAGGAUAUGGGUGAGCAUAAAGUAAAUGUAAAAAAUGUUGAUGCUGUUCAAGCAGACCCAAAUGGGUUGUUAUUAAGCCAUGAGAAUUGUCUCAUACCCUCUCAAGGGCUAGGCUGCGCCAAUAAUACUAGGUUAUGUAAAUCAGCUGACUGGUUAGCUGGACAGAAAAAAGAAUUGCAUACAGAUGCCAUUAGAUUUUGUAACUCUUUACAGGGUGAUAAUACAAGGAAGGGGCUUGUAGCUGCUUCUGACAGGAUUAAUGGUUUAGAGCUAUCUAAUUCAUUAAUUGAUUCACUUGCUGUCAAUCCCCAUAAGAUGUGUAAAGAAAAUUUUAUCGAAUCUUCUGAGCCCAAAGCAGCUGUUAAUGGGUUUGACUUCUUUGGUGACGACGAAGAAAAUAGUUUUCCAAAUAAGGUUGAAGCAACUUGUAGCAACACUGGAAGGGGGACAGAUUCAUCCACUCAAAUAAAUGAGAUGGUCAAUGGAGGUGGUAUACGACAUGGUGGUAAAAGCAAGGAAGUUAAUCCAGUACUUGGUGAAGGAACAGAAUGGGAAAUUCAAUGGGAAGAUCUCUCUGUUGGUGAGCGCAUUGGUAUUGGUUCUUAUGGUGAAGUUUACCAUGCCGAUUGUAAUGGAACUGAAGUUGCAGUGAAAAAGUUUCUCGACCAAGAUUUCUCUGGUGAUGCGCUAGCUCAGUUCAAAUCUGAAGUUGAGAUCAUGUUAAGGCUGCGGCAUCCUAAUGUCGUGCUUUUCAUGGGAGCAAUUACUCGCUCUCCACAUUUCUCAAUCUUAACAGAGUUUCUUCCUAGAGGCAGCUUAUACAGGCUAUUACAUCGGCCCAAUGUUCGAAUUGAUGAGAAGCGGCGGUUGCGUAUGGCUCUUGAUGUGGCUAAAGGAAUGAAUUACUUGCACACAAGCAAUCCUCCCAUUGUCCAUCGAGAUUUGAAGUCUCCAAAUCUUCUUGUUGACAAGCAUUGGGUUGUUAAGGUUUGUGAUUUUGGUCUGUCACGGAUGAAGCACCAUACCUUUUUGUCAUCAAAGUCUUGUGCAGGAACGCCUGAGUGGAUGGCACCAGAAGUCUUGAGAAAUGAACCAGCCAAUGAGAAGUGCGAUGUGUAUAGUUUUGGCGUAAUCUUGUGGGAGUUGGCUACCAUGAUGAUUCCGUGGAAAGGUUUGAACCCAAUGCAGGUUGUUGGAGCUGUUGGGUUUCAAAAUAAACGGCUUGAAAUUCCAGACAAUGUGAAUCCUGCAGUUGCACAAAUAAUACGUGAUUGCUGGCAAAUGGAGCCACAUUUGCGGCCAUCAUUUGCCCAGCUGAUGUCUCGUCUCUCCCGUCUUCAACAUCUGGUUGCCGGAAUAGCGAGCUCCCCACAGUAAAUGAAGUUGUCCAUAACAUAGCAGCUUUUGUAAUAAUACUUGAAGUUGUUCCUCGGUUCGAAGAGCUAA